AUGUUUAAGAAUUUGAAUUUUAUAUUCAAUUCUAAGGUCUUCAACUACCAAGAUUCUAAGAUCGUCCGUCUACCUCGAAAUGUUGUCUAUAAUACCAUAGCAGAUGUACCAAACUACCACAGAUUUCUACCUUGGUGCAAGGAAAGUGAAUGGGUAUCAGAUGUUCAUUCUAUCAAUGAUUCCAAGAAAAAAAUCGCAAGAAAUGCUAUUUUGACUGUACAUUUCGCACUUAUAAGGGAAUCUUAUGUAUCAAAAGUUAUAUUGGAGCCAGAAAAGGCAGUUCAGGCGAUCGCAGCUGAUAGUAUCCUAUUUGAAAGGCUCGAUACAAACUGGGAAAUGACAUGUAAAGAAGAUGUAACUCUGAUAAAUUUUUCAAUAUGUUACAAAUUCAACAACCCUUUCUACCAGCAUCUUUCCACAUCUUUUAACAGUAUUAUCGCAAACACAAUGCUAAGGCAUUUUAUAGAAGAAUGCCACUCCAGACAUAAACUAUUAUCCACAUACCCUUUUAUGAUGAAUAUGGAGAUGUAA